AAAAAAAAAAAAAAAAAAAAAUGCCAUUUCCAACCAGGAGAACGAUGGUUUGCUUGUUGUUGCCGAUUCAGGAUGACAGCAACUAACUCAAGCACCUCGUACCAUCUGCCUCUCCUCUCAGCUCGAAGAACAAACUAGCCAGGAUGCCACCUCGGACUCGUCUUAGAACGGCGACCUUGCAGCGAACCAAAUCAGCACCAGCAUCCUCUGUUCAAAAGCUACCCGCCAAAGAUGCAUCACCCAUGAAAAGACCAGCGCCCUCACAAGGCACCUCACCCGAGAAAUCGCCGAGCAAGAAGAAGCCGAAAACGAUCGUCAAGCAGGCCCUCCUAAUCCCUGUCCCGCCUCCUGCUAGAUGGAAGGAAACAUACGGAUUGAUCGAAGAACAAAGAAAGACAUUCAUCGCACCGGUGGACACGAUGGGAUGUGACAAAGCCGGAGAUGUGGGUCCAGACUACCAACUCAAGAGUGCAUCCGAUUCGACGAUCAGUCAAGACAAAAUCGAUCAAUUGAAGCAAAGAUCCGAACGAGACCGUCGAUUGUCUUGCUUAGUUUCGUUGAUGUUGAGCAGCCAAACCAAGGACGAAGUGACUGCUCAAGCGACCCUCAACUUGAGACUCCACCUGAAAGACUCCCUUACCGUCGAUUCCUUACGUAACGCUAGCUUAACUGAGAUCGAGAAUUGUAUCAAUAAAGUUGGUUUCUGGAAGAAGAAAGCCCAGUAUAUCAAGUUAAUGGCCGAUGACCUCUUCUUGAAACAUGAGAGUGACGUGCCCAAAACAUUAGACGAAUUGGUUGCUCUCAAAGGCGUUGGACCGAAGAUGGCAUUCCUUGCACUCUCAAAUGCAUGGGCAAUCAACUUGGGUAUCGGCGUAGAUACGCACGUCCAUCGGAUUUCGAAUCGGCUUGGUUGGCUUCAAACCUCAGAUCCUGAAGCUACUCGGAUCAAUUUAGAGAGCUGGUUACCUAGAGAUCUCUUUCAAGAAAUCAAUCAUCUGCUGGUCGGUUUCGGUCAAGUUAUAUGUUUACCGGUCGGUCCGAAAUGUGAGGAUUGUUACGUGGGCAAAGUUCCAGGAUUGUGUCCGUCCUCAAAGGUUGAAGCCAAUCGACAAAAACUGAAGCUUCAAUCGACAAAAAGAGCGAAAUUCACCGCUUCUUCAACUCCAAGCCCGAAGAAGCCCUCAAGGGCUCACAUCGCGAUCAAAUUAGAAGAAACAGAUGCUGUUGAUCAUCCAGAUCAAAAAACAUCAAAACAGUCACCCAGAUUGAGAUCAUCACGGUUCUUUCAGAAUGGACAUCACAGUGUCAAACAAGAAGGUCAAGAUCCAGUGAUCAAAGACGAAGAUCAAGAUCAAGGAGAAAAACCAGAAGUUGAUAACAAACCGACUCGACCUAAGAGUGAAAACGGAAAUCUCAGCCAAGAAAUCAAUAACAACUCCGAAAAACUCAUUCACAGCCCUUUGGUCUCUUCCCCCCUCAGUGAAAUUGACGACGAUUCCAACCCCCUGCUUUGUUCUCCUAGCCCAGCCUUAGCUUGGUAGCUCAUUUCACAUCAUCCAUUCGCGUUUGUUCAUAUUUCUGUUGUUACUACUUCUCACCCAAUCAGCAUACAUAAACAUUGAACAGUUUUUUUGUUGAGAACAAUCUGCAGGAUUUGUAUUGCUUAUACUAGUAUAAUUCUUUCCCUCCCUCUCUGCGCACACGCAAAAUGUAUCAAUGUAAGCUGUGAAGUUUCGGUUCCAACACAUAGACCAAUUAGGAAGUGCAGGAAAGAUCGAACCCAUUUUUUUCUUUUUCAUCAGUGAAAAGUACUGCAAGGAUUCCAGAUUCUUUGUUAAUGAAAUCUCUUUCGCUCAGAUAACCGCAAUGUAUUAAUGAUA